UGCCCCUAGGUGUGAUUGUGAGUGCGGCUGUUGCCUCGAUGUGCCCUGCGAUUGGCUGGCGACCAAUUCAGGGUGUACCCCGCCCCCUGCCCGUUGACUGCUGGGAUAGGCUCCAGCACUCCCCACGACCCUCGUGAGGAUAAGCGGCAAAGAAAAUGAUUGGACAUUUCACGUUAUAAUGUACUUAAUUACAUGUUAAAAUUGGAAUAAUGUCAUGUUAUAACGUGAAAAGUUCAGUUAAUUCAUUUCAUGUUAGCGUGUGAAACUCAUGUUAUGACGUGAUAUGCUCUACGUUGUAUCGUGAUUGGUUUCAUGUUAUAACGUAGAAAAUAAUAAAUAAAUCAAUGUCACUCCUCUUCAGCCCCCCCCCCCCCAAAGGUUCCAGUUCUACUACAUGACUACUCUCCAGGUCCACCACGACUCCAUAAAAAGCUCACCCAAUCCAUAUUUUGUGCAACACACAAUGAGAGUCCACUUCUAGCAACAAAUGGACGCCAACUUUUCAGGUAUGCUGGGAAAUUCCAGCGUGCAGUGCGCGGUAGCAACUGUCGCGUCGCUGGCCUUGCUGAGUCUGUUGGGCCUGCUGUGUCUGAGAUGCAAGAGGAAGUCCAAGACGAUACACGAAGAGGCUCAGAUAUACAACCCGCACACAUUCCAGCGUGAGGGGAGCCGGUUUGCCGUCAUGCGAUCCAAAACAGUCACCAAAUCCAACCGAGCGAUCGCAACUUCAAAUGAGGACCUCACUGCGGCUGUUGCCGCGUCACCAACCAGAAGUUUGGAACAUAUUUAUGUAGAUCCACUCCCCGUCACAAUUUAUGAAAAUGAGCGGACGCCGUUAAGGACGAAGGUUGUUGAUCCCCCCAACACUGAUUACGCAAACUUGCCUGGCGCGACGCUGACAAAUGACGGUAGGAGACGUCGCUGCAUUGGUUUCAAUCCAAGACCAAAGCGCCGCACUUCACCAAGCCGCCGUGUCGCCGCAGACGCAGACGACUACGAAAACUCGCAUUUCCUGGAACAAAAAGCUCAACAGCUGGAGAACGAUCUGUUGUACAAGAAUGAAAAAGCAGCUGAUGUGGAUGUGCAAGUGGACGCUUAUUAAACAAGGCCGCCACCUGGUGGUCAAACUGUGAUUACCACACGCUGUGGUCUGAAAUUGUCAAUUGCAUCAUCGAUCUAUGCUGGCGGCAGUGGCAGCUGGUCAGGAGAGGUCAUGAGGGAGUGGCGCGACCAAUCAGUCACCGAGUAAGACAAAAAUUAAACAUGUCAAUCAAAUAUAGUACUAUAUAAUUACGCAUAAAAUUGUAGUUACCCUGUUGCGUUCGAGUGCCCACGGAGGAAUGCACGCUCCCGCCACGGAGUGAAAAAAAUUCACAUUUCAAAGCGCCGCAGUUUACUUUUUGUGACAUUUUUCCAGAUGUGUGGCCCAAAUGGAAAUUGUGUGUGUAUCCAUCCAUUUUCUCAGUCGCUUAUCCUCACAAGGGUCGCAGGAUGGGGAUGGAGCCUAUCCCAUUUGUCAACAGGCAGGAUGCGGGGUACACCCUGAAGUGGUCACCAACCAAUCGCAGGGCAUGUCGAGACAAGCAGCCGCACUCACAAUCACACCGAGGGGCAAUUUUUAAUGUGCCCAAUUGACGUUGCAUGUUUUGGGGAUGUGGGAGGGAACCCGAGUGCCCGGAGAAAAGCCACGCAGGCACGGGGAUUGAACCUCAGAACUGUGAGGCCAACGCUUUCCAACUGCGCCACCGUGCCGCCUUGGCUCAAUAUACAGUCAAGCCUCGGUUCUCGAACGUCCCCGUUUUUGAACGAAAAUUUCGAGAUGUUUUUGCUUCUGUUUUGAACGAA